CUCUGCCGCCGGCAGGCAUCUCCUUGCGUAGUGGCAUUGUGUCCGCCGCAGCUGCAUUCCUUUAGCGUCUCCCCCGCGUCGUGCAGAGAAUGCAGCGCGCCGCGCAUGGAGAGGCAGCCCGAGCCGGCCGGCAGCUUCUCUGAAGUGGGGCGGAAAAAUCCCGACAAGCGGAAAAUUCUUCUUCGCUGCCCACGACCAGCUGCCACCCUCAGCCGGAGAAGCCUCGUCCGUCUCAUCCUCCAAGCGAGAAUGGAUCGAGCCCGUUCCUCCAGGUAAAGCGAUGUCCAGCUACACACCGUCGCUGCAGUAUGCUGAGGAGACGCAACCUUCUCACCACGUUACUCAUUGUGCUCCCGUGGGCGCUCCUCUUCACGCUGUGGCACCAGCAUCCGACCACCCGCUACCUCACCCUGCUGAGAAAAGAAUCAGGGGACAAUUCUACGGCCAAGCCUCUGCUCAAUGCCACGCAGGCUAAAGAAGAAGGUCCUCAAUGUGUCCAUCAACACGUCACCCGCGAAACUCCGGUGGUUGUCAGGACGUACGUAUAUUCCAGACCCCCUCCUUGGUCCCAGGAUGUCCCCACGAUUUACGUGAUCACCCCAACGUACAGCCGGCCUGUCCAGAAAGCCGAGUUGAUCCGGCUGGCAAACACUUUUCUGCACGUCGUGAACUUGCACUGGAUCGUGGUCGAAGACUCCCACCGGAAAACCAAGCUGGUGGCCAACCUUUUGGAGAAGGCAGGACUCAACUUCACGCACCUUAACGCCGAGAGCCCACGCAGCCUCAAAAUAGGGCUUUCCAAAACCCCAACCCAUACCCCUCGGGGAACCAUGCAACGGAACCUCGGGCUGCAAUGGCUCCGAGAAAACAUCGAUCCUUCCAAUCCGCCCCAAGGGGUUGUAUAUUUUGCAGACGACGACAACACUUACAGCCUGGAGCUAUUUGAAGAGAUGCGGUACACAAGAACAGUGUCCGUGUGGCCGGUGGCCUUCGUGGGAGGUUUGCGAUACGAGUCCCCAAAGGUCAGUCCAGGCGGGAGAGUUGUUGGCUGGAAGACGGUUUUCGACCCUAAUCGUCCAUUUGCCAUCGACAUGGCGGGAUUCGCUAUAAGCCUUCGACUGAUCCUUGAAAGGCCUUACGCCAACUUCAAGCUGGAAGGGGUGAAAGGCGGUUACCAGGAAACGAGCUUACUCAAAGAUCUGGUCUCCAUGGAUGGACUGGAGCCCAAAGCAGCAAAUUGCACUAAGAUUUUGGUUUGGCACACAAGAACGGAGAGACCGACGCUUGUUAAUGAAGGAAAACGAGGAUUCACGGACCCUGACAUUGAAGUCUAGCCAUAAUGCCCCUCAUACAUCGUAAGCGAUCA